GUUAACGAUACAGUUAUAUUGUAUAAAUUAGACGGUAUCAAUAUUUUGAUUCAGAAUAAUCACAAGGUUACAAGUUAAAUUAAGAAAGAUGAGCAAAAUCAACAAAACUGAAGUUAGGGAUGGAUAUAAACAGAGACCGGUUCAGAAUUUUCCAGAUUAUCUGAAAUAUGUCGCUAAAAAGUCAAGGGCAGGUUUCGGCAAAGUUCACGAGGAAUUAUACCGGAUAUAUUCAGAAAGUUUCGGGACAUCAGAAAAGCCUGCAUCACAGACACUUGGCAAUCAACAAGUUUCGUCGCAAGAAAAAAGAACGUCCAGAAGUAAAGUAGGCUUAAGGCAACGAUGGUCGAAUGCUAGUUUAUUUUGGUCAUCCACCGGUCAUGACAAGUUGCGAGCAACAACUUAUGAAGAUAAAUCUACUAACAACUCAUUUGUUUCCUACAUACCAGAAGAGAAAGAUGAGCUAGACUCAAGUACUGGUUCUAAUAGAGAUUACGAUAUUAUCUCUGAUGAUUUAGAGAUGACGAAACAAAACAAUCGCGAGUUAAAUCAUCACGAAAAUAAUGCCACGCCAACACGGGAAAAGGACAAAAAAGAUGCCGAUCUAAACAGUUUAAGAUUUUCAAUGCCAUACUCCAAACUGACAGACGAAGCGAUUUAUAUUAAUGAUAGAGUUAUACACGUUGAAAAAAUCGAUAAUUUAAGUACAAUAGAAGAGCAAGAAGAUAUAGAUCAGGAUUACGCUAUACCAAAAGUGAAACACCCGCAACAAACAACCCAUGAAAAAGACGAUUAUGUCAACUUGCGUGACCCCUGUGAACCACUUGCAACUGUCAUUGACAAGGCUAACAGCCAUUCUAGAAAAAAAUUAAAAGACUUAGAAAAUAAAUCUCAUAAAAUAAAUACAAUAGAUGUACCUAGAAAAGUCACUUUGACACAACGACCACCUUAUGACGAAAGUAACACAGACGACGAUAAUGAAUAUUUACCUCCAACAAACUGGACCCAAUCAUGCUAUGAGCAUCCAUCAAAAGUAAAACACGAAUCAUAUUUAGAAGAACGAAAAGUAAAGGAACCGGUGUCAACAAUGGCCAUAUCUUCCAAAACUCUUGGAAUUCAAGGAAAUCCAUUGGCAGAGGCUCCUAAUGAAAUACAAGAAGACGAGACUGAUGAAUACUAUGUUCUUCCAGCGCAGUUUAAAGAUGCAGACUAUGAAAACAUUCCGAAAGCGCUGCUUGAAAAUAAAGCUUUAAACAGAAUCGUUGCAAAAGAUAAUUCAGUAUUUUCAUCUAAAAGACAAGAGAAAAACAAAACAGAUAUGAAUAAACACGAGACUGGAAACGAAGCGGAUUAUGACCGUCCAGUAGGAUGGGUUCAACCGACAGGUAUAUGUACUGAAGUUAAUCCCACGUCUACCGUUGUACUUAAAUCUGUUACUGACAUUGACUGUCAUCAAAGUGAAAAUUCUACUGCUGAAAGAACUGACAAUCAGUACACAAAAAUUGUGAAAGAUAAAAAAAGAAACUCUGAAGAUGCGGAUUACAGCGUUCCAACGUGGACAAAAUUAGCUGCCAAGGAUUAUAGUGAUUCCGGCGACAGUAACUACAGUGUUCCAAAAGGAAUUAGACCUAUAAAUUCUGGAAAUAGCACCAUGACAAAUGACAGUCAGGCAAUGUAUGCUACCCCAAGAUCAACUUUAAACACAUCUGCAGUUCCUUCUAAAACAAACCAUCAAAAUGCUGAAUCAGAAAGUGUUCACGCAGAUAUAAAUUCAGACAAUGGAAACAGAAAAGCUGAUUUUUAUCAUUAUACAGUAGAUGAGGUUGUAGAUUGCCUUAACGACUGUGCACUAACAAAACUAGCCAAUAUCUGUAAAGCAGACCAACUUGAUGGGGAAUAUCUUACAAGUUUGACAACAGAUGAACUAAAAGAAGACCCUUUUAAUAUGAACUGGUAUCAUAUAUCAAAACUUAUCAAAGUAAUUGACGGAUGGAGACCAAAACAUCCUCUCGGAAGUAAAGAAUGUUAAAUGAAUAACCGAAACUGAUUUGGACCUUGUAUAUACAGAAAAUACUUUAUCUCAUUUAUUAAGAAGUGUCUAUGAACAUUUAAAACAUUUUUACUAAAGAUCAAGUUGAACUGGCAGUAAGUGCUUCAGAUGGUUUUAAGGUUGAGUGUCAGAUCGUUUUGUUGAUAAUGAAAGUAACCUUUACCGUAUUUAUUUCCUUGAUGUACUAGUUAUUCAAUUUAAAUUUCUAAUAUUUCUAAACAAAGUAAUUCUAUCUCCGUAAUAUCUUUUAUCAUCAAAUAACACAGCGCCCUUAAUGCCUGAAUGUACAUUUGUUGUUAUAUUUUUCAUUCUUUAAAAAAAAACAGUAUCUUUAUUUUGCUACGUUUCUUCCUCAAAAAUUUUGUACCUCUUGAUUAGAUUAAUUUCUACACUUUACAUUAUUAUUGUUUUGUGUAAAAGUUUUAUGUUAUUUGUGAUAAAGUAUAUGCUACAUAUUGUUUUUAUUUAUUUAUCUUUUAUUUAAGUAUCAUCAUCGUACAAUUCAUUGCGUAAAAUUCAUACAUAAUA